GAGAGGUGAUGUAAAUUUACACCUUAACACUGAAGAAGAAAACUUAAACCCCUUUUCGACGCAAAAUUCAAUUCUCAGUAAUGAACGGCAACCUUAACGGCGAUCGCGACUCCGUUAACUUUUAAUCGGAAUGUAUAAAACUCCGGCAACCAGCGGUGGCAGCAACGGCGGUGGCAUCGCCGUAACCACCACCACCUCCGUUCAAUCGCCACACACGUCAGACAUCGGUGAUCGGAGCCACCACCGCUCCGCCGCUUCGAGAGCCUCUCAAUUUCAUCCGGCGAGACCUGCAAUCAUCGACCUGUUUAAUCUCUAUCUCGGUAUUAACGGCCGGAAUAAGUCGGAUGAUUCGAUUCGAGAACCUCCGAACAAGACACAAAAGCGCAUUACAGCUCUUAAUAUAGACAUUCCUCCACGCGAUGCACAAUUUCUUCCAGAUUUUGAACAGCUUCAGAGUCAGUUUCCUGAUCAUGAGCAGUUAUAUACCGUGGUUGAGUCCGUGCUAGUGUCUCUGGUCAUUCAGUGUAGUAAUCAUGGACCAAGAUCAAAGUUUAUUCUUUUUGCCAUACGUAGUCUGUACAGUAUUGGGUACAUAUACUGGGAUUCUUUUCUGCCAUAUCUUCUUUCUUCCGUCACCUCUGUGGAAACGUCGGUUAAUAUCUUUUCCACAACUUCACCACAGUCGGAUGUCUCCGCCACAUCAGCGGCGGGCCCCAAUUUAUCUAAUAUCCCGUCUCCAAAUCUUGAAUCUUCCAUGGUUUCAGCAAAUGCACAGUCAUGUAUGGCUAUAAGCAGCUUGCGUAAGUUGUUAUGUGAGAUUUUCAUUUCUGCGUUGGAAUCUAACCAAAAGCCGAGUACUUAUGCUGAUAUUUUCAACAAAACACUGAGCUGGCUGAUAAACUGGGAUCUAUGUCAGAACGGGAGUGAUGAGGUUGAUGGAGUAAAACCGUAUAAACGCGAUAAAGCAUUAUUUGAAUGGCUACGCAAGUGUUUACGUGUUGUUAGGAUGUUGGUUGAGGAUAACAAAUGUCGUGUGCCAUUUUAUGAACUAUUGAGAAGUGGACUGCAUUUUUCGGAAAAUUUGCCGGAUGACGUGGCGUUAUUUACGCUCGUUUUUGAGGUUCAUAGGAGACGAGAUAUGAUGGCUGUGCACAUGCAAAUGUUGGAUCAACAUCUUCAUUGCCCUACGUUUGGGAAUCAACGCCUUCUUAAUCAGGCUGCAGUUAAUACGUUAAGUGAAUCAAAUACUACUUUAAGACACUCACCUAUUACAUACCCCAGUGUGCUUGGAGAACCGUUACAUGGCGAGGACAUUCUGCUCACAAUUCAAAGAGGAAGUCUUGAUUGGGGAAGAGCUAACCGCUGUAUUAGGCACGCCAUAAGAAAUACACCAUCACCUGAUUGGUGGCGGCGUGUGCUUGUGGUGGCGCCAUGUCACCGGCCCAAUUCACAAGGAUCAACACCAGGUGCUGUUUUUAGCUCUGAUAUGAUCUGUGAAGCAACCAUUGACCGAAUUCUCGAACUCUUGAAGAUUACAAAUUCUGGUGUUAAUUGUUGGCAAGAUUGGCUUAUCUUUUCAGAUUUGUUCUUUUUUCUAAUGAAAAGUGGUUGCAUGGAUUUUGUUUAUUUUGUCGACAAGUUAGUUUUACGCUUAGCUGAAAAAGAUCACCAAGUUCUCAGAACAAAUCAUGUCACAUGGUUGUUUGCACAGAUAAUUCGGGUUGAGCUUGUAAUGAGUGCUUUGAACACAGACUCAAGAAAGGUGGAGACAUUGAGAAAACUUUUGUCGUUUCACAAAGAAGCUAGCAGCCCAGAUUCUGAUAAUCCGCGAAGUAUGCUACUUGAUUUUGUAUGCAGUUGUCAGACCCUUCGUAUAUGGUCGCUGACCUCAUCAGCCAGAGAAUAUUUAAAUAUGGAGCAACUUCGUAAAGCAAAAAAAAUAGAUGAAUGGUGGAGGCAAGUAAGUAAAGGUAAAUACAUGAUGGAUUAUAUGAAUUUGGAUGACAAUUCAAUCGGAAUGUUUUGGGUCGUAUCUUACACCAUGGCACAGCCCGCUUGUGAGAUGGUGAUGACGUGGCUAACAUGUGACGGAUAUACAGAAUUACCUGAACCGAAUCCACAGGCUAACGGGACGAUUACUGUUAGGCGGGAGGUUAAUCCCGUGUCGUUAUCACUGAUGUCGGGAUUUUCGAUUCAUUUGUGCAUGAAGUUGGCUUUUCAGAUGGAAGAUAAUAUGUUUUCCGGAGUGCAUGCACCUAACAUUGCUAUGGUGGAAACAUAUACUCGGUUGUUCCUUAUUCAACCUCAUUCAUUGUUCCAUCCACUUUUAAGUCAUCUGCAUCAGAAGAAUCCUGAAAUUCUUAAUAAACCUGGAGCUAUAAUUUUAGUGCUUGAAAUUCUUAACUACCGGCUGUUUUCCUUGUACAGGUACCAGGGGAAGAACAAAUCAUUGAUGUAUGAUGUUACGAAAAUUCUGUCCACGUUAAAAGGAAAACGUGGAGAACAUCGCGUAUGUAGAUUGGCUGAAAACUUGUGCAUGAAUCUCAUUAUGUCAUUAAGAGAAUUCUUUUUUGUGAAGAAGGACGGGAAGGCUUGUUUAAAUCUGGAACAGGGACCUACUGAGUUCACAGAAACAUUGAAUCGUGUAACCGUAAUGACUCUUGCUAUUAUCAUUAAAACCCGUGGAAUUUCUGAUGCUGGGCACCUCUUAUAUCUUCAAACUAUGUUGGAACAAAUAUUGGCCAAUAGCACACACACAUGGUCCCACAAGACGAUGUUUUACUUUCCGUCUGUUCUUCGCGAUGCCUUGAUUGGGAGGACAGAUAAGCGGCCCCUAGCAAUCCAAGCAUGGAAGCAGGCGGAAGCAACUGUGAUUCAUCAGUGUAAACAGCUACUCUCACCACCAGAUGACCCCACUUAUGUAAUGACUUAUAUAAGUCACAGUUUUCCUCAACACAGACUAUAUCUUUGUGCUGGAGCAUGGGUUCUGAUGCGUGGGCACCCGGAGGAUAUCAACACGGGAAAUCUGGGACGUGUUCUCAGAGAAUUUUCCCCUGAGGAAGUGACUUCGAAUAUAUAUACCAUGGUGGACAUCAUUCUGCAUAAUAUUCAGCUGGAGCUACAACAACAUGCACAUUCCAUGCAGGAUGUUAUUUCAAAUACGUGCAACAAUCUGGCAAAAUUUAUUUGGAUCCACGAGUUACUACCUCCAGAUAUUUUACUUCUGGCCCUAACUGACCGUGAUGAUGAUCCUCACGCGUUGCGUAUUGUGGUAAAUUUACUUGAACGAAAGGAGCUUCAACAGAGGAUAAAUUGUUACAUUGCUGAUCGAGGCAAUCCUGACCAUUGGCUUCAAAAUGGAGUUUUUAAACGUGUCGACUUGCAGAAGGCUCUUGGCAGUCAUUUGUCAUGGAAUCAAAAGUACCCAACAUAUUUUGACGAUAUUGCAGCACGUUUAUUCCCUGUGAUCCCUUUAAUCCUUUAUAGACUUAUCGAAAAUGAUGCGACAGAAGCAGCUGAUAGGAUUCUUCAAAUAUAUUCAUCUUUUCUUCAUUAUUAUCCUUUGAAUUUUACAUUCGUGCGUGAUAUUCUUGCAUAUUUCUAUGGACAUCUACCCGCGAAACUCAUUUUUCGGAUACUGAACAUACUCGAUAUUAAAAAGGUGCCAUUUUCCCAGUUAUUUCAAGAACGCAUCAAUUCAUCAGAAGCCACAUGUCCCCCACUCGAGUACUUCGCAUCUCUUUUGUUAAAGAUUGUGAAUAAUGUCAUCCCUCCGUUACAUAUCUCAAAAGAUGAGGGACAAAAUCGUAAUUACAACCCUACAACUAACCAAUCAGGAUCAGCAAACAACGCUUUUGAACCUCAAAAAGCGUUCUAUCAAAUACAAGAUCCCGGAACAUAUACACAACUUGUUCUUGAAACCGCAGUUAUAGAAAUAUUAUCUCUCCCGGUAACCGCAACACAAAUUAUUUCAGCAUUUGUACAGAUAAUUGUAAAAAUAGUCAAAGUACAGCCUAAUCCUAUUCAAUCUAAUAAUGGUUUCGGUAUGUCACCAAGUAGUUUAUAUUCAUUCUCUGAUAGCAACGAUGCUUCUGGGGACUGCGGGUCAAAGUCAAACCCUUUGACCAUAGGGGUUGACUUCUCAAACUCUGUUUUGAUGAUCCAAGCUUGUGGUCUCUUGUUGGCUCAGCUUCCUGUUGAGUUUCACGUUAAGCUUUAUGAAGAGGCGUCACGUGUGAUUAAAGAUAAUGAAUCACACUCGGUUGUUGCGUAUGCGUUGUUGGAUCCGACAUGGGCCGCUCAAGAUAACACCUCAACGGCCCUUGGAAAUGUGGUGGCCCUGAUCCAUGCAUUCUUCUGGAAUCUUCCGCAGCAAUGGUUAGACAAUACGCAUCUCCUCAUAAACCAACUAAGGCCUGUUUCAUCUGUCUCAAUGCUUAGAAUAGCCUUCCGUAUAAUCGGGCCUUUGCUGCCAAGAUUAGCUAAUGCUCAUAGUCUCUUCAUUAAGACUCUUGAACUGCUUUUAAGCACGAUGGUGGAUGUGUUCGGGAAGAAUACUAAACCGUUAAUUCCCGUUGAAGCAUCGGACAUAACGGAUCUUAUCGACUUCCUUCACCAUGUGGUGCAUUAUGAAGGUCAGGGCGGGCCCGUACAGCCCAAUUCGAAACCGAGGCCCGAUGUAUUGGCUUUAUGCGGUAGAGCCAUUGAAAACAUGCGUCCGGAUGUUCAACGUCUUCUUUUUCACUUAAAACCCAACGUAAGUUCUAUUUAUGCUGCAACUAAAAACUCUCAAAACCCGUCCUAACCUCAGGUUCUUCAUUGUUCAGUUUUCUUGUUUAAAUGGUUUCGUAUAACUUACCGAAUUUGUAUAGAUGAAUUAGGGUUUUGCAUGAUAAAAUUGGCCAAAUUGUACAUUUGAGGGCAAGUUUUUUUUUUUUUUUCUUUU